UCUGAGCAGCAGCAGCAGCAGUAGCCCUCACAGCCUGAGCCAGCGUCGCUUUAUCCUCACAAAUUCACCACUUCUUCUGUUACAAUUCUAACUGGUCCGUCCACGUGACAAAUACUGCAAUAUACUUAGAAAGAAUCGCUACCUUUUGCAAGCGCGUGUUUUUUUUUUUCAAUCGGACAGAAUAAAGUACCAACCAUCUCUGACAUCCUAACUUGAGAAAGUGUUCUUUGUGGAGCUAACAAAGGUCCAAGACAGCGCUUUAACUCGGGAGGUGUGGAUUGGAUGGACCUCCACCGGCCCGCCUUCAAGAUGGACAGCUCCUCCUACCUGCCCAGUCGCCUGGCCUCCCCAGCCCUGAUGGUGCUGGCCUCCACAGCCGAGGCUGGCCGCGAUGCCUCCGUCCCCUGCCAGGCCUCCGUCCCAUGCCAGGCCCCGAGGCCCUUCAGCGUCCCCAUCUCUGAGAAGGACCUCCACCUCCCCUUCCCUUCCGGCUCCUACACAUUCGCCUCCAUGUACAACCGUCAGGGGCCUAUCUCCGGCCACAGCUCCUUCCCCGCCAGAGACUUCCCUGCCUCCCUGCUCCACCUCCAUCCCCAGUUCCAGUUUCACCCCAACAACCUGGAUGGCUCUUCCCUGGGGAUGCUCAACCACAGUGGGGUAGGGGCCUUCCGACCGUUCUCCUCCCCGCCUGAGGAGAGGGAGGCCAGGGGUUAUCAGUCAGCCUUCACCCCUGCUAAGAGGCUCAAGGGCUGCUACACAGAUUCGGAGGGGAAGGAGUAUGAUUUUGGAGGAGGGCGUUUCCUCUCUGCCACACCGGGGUCGGUCAAGGCCGCUGAGGAUUCUAGGAGGAAGUUGUUUGCGGUAUCUGGGCUGCUGUCGGACAGACAGGCCUCAUCUAGUCCGGAGGACUGCAAGGAGCACUUAUGUAACAUCCUGUAUGACUCCCAGGCCCCAGUGUGUCCAGUGUGCCAUGCUGUGUUACGACCAGGUGAGCUACAGGAGCACAUGGAGCAGGAGAUGGGCAGACUGGCACAGUUACAAAUGAGUAUUAAUUCAGUCCAGAGGAACCAUUCAUUAGGGGCUACAAAGUCCCCCUCACUAUCUCUGCACAUUAAAUGUGAGGGGGGGUCCCCCACCCCUCUCCCCUGCCAUCCUGAACAGCCCCACUCAGACAGAUACCAGACGUUUCUGCGUGUGAGGACCAACAGACAUACGAGACUGAAUGUCGAUGACUGCUGCUACACCAAACCCGCCGCUUUAUGUCCCCACAACGGAAAUCACCUAACCCCAGACUGCACACAAUCUGUCAGGAUCGGCAAGCUGAAGAGGAGGAGACCUGACGAAGGCCAGGACAUUUUGGUGGACCUGGGGGGAGAGGAGGAGGAGUGGACUGAGCGGAGGAGGAUACGGAUGACAUCCAUGCUGGGGGGGUGUGAAGGGUCGGCGUUUGUAAGCAGCAGCACUUCUAAGGAAGGCCGUGGUGACAGCGACACCGAGCUGGACGUGGAUGGAGACCACACUCUGGAGUAUGGUAGAGUACAAUAUACGGAGGAAGACAUCAUCCGCUGUUCAGGACAGGAUCCUGGGGAGGUGGAGGAGAGGGAAGCACUGAGGGAGGCAGUUCUAAAUGGUGGUACACUGUCCAACAGAGUAACUCUGGAACAUUCCAAAUGGACAAAUGAGGGAAGUCCAUCCACUAGCAACGGAGAGAGCAACAAACUGGACAACAGCAUAUCCUCCCUACACAGGACCUGUAAAAAUAGUGACAUUGAUAUGGUCUCUGAGGAUUCUGGGCUGACGACGCUGGAUUCACUAAAAAGUCGAAUACGGGACCUAGAGAAGCAGCUGACCAAAGGGGACAGACACAACUGUCUUAUCUGUAGGGACACGUACACAACACCUCUCACCUCCAUCCAGUGCUGGCAUGCCCACUGUGAGGAGUGUUGGCUCCGCACUCUGGGGGCUAAGAAGCUGUGUCCACAGUGUAACACCAUCACUUCUCCUGGGGACCUGAGACGGGUAUUUCUGUGACUGGGCAGGGCCAGAGAAGCACAGAUCCCUGAGGGGGCGGGAUAUCUGAAGUAUUAACCUUUGACCUUUGAAGGGGACGUAAGGACAGCUGGCUUGUCAGAGAUUACCCUUGUCUUUGCACCUUAACCUACCCCCUAACCCCCCUCCCAAACCAAGUAGGGGGACACCCCAUGAGGACAAAAUGGCACCCAUGACUGGGUAUUGCACAAUGAUCAGUCUUUAUGUCAUAUGACCUUUUAGGUUUGACAUUUGACCUUUAGUUUGCCCACCUAGAUGGCAUUCAUUUGUACCAAGCUCACCUCAACAUUUAGUGAGCCAAGCCAUUUCUAAGAGGAGGACUCUGUGCUCAAUACAAUUACAAUUUGUACGUAAAUGACAAGAACUCAAGUAAUCUUAGUGCUAAGGCACUGAAAAAAUGCUUUCAAAUGGCUUUAGAUCAAAACAAGUUUGUGACACUCUUUGUACUAUAAUUAUAUAUUAUACAAAGCGGUAUACACUUUUGAAAAUAAUAAUUGUCUGUUUUUAUCAAGAGAAAACACAUGCAAAUAGUUUUGUGUAUGUUAGAAAUUAUGUAUGUGAAAUAGAUUAACACUGCCAUUGUGUUUACAGUCAUGUUCUUAUGAAGUCAUGGUUUUGGUUAGUUAGGGUGGGAAGAAAGUGUGAACAUAACAAUUGCAAUAGUUUGAGAUUCAUUAUUUUGUGUUUGUCAUUGAGGUUGUGUUUCUUUGUACAGGAGUACAAAGUGUAAUUAGUAAAUGUUACAAAAAUAAAAUGAGGCGUUUAAAAAGAUGUUGGUUAUUGCAUAAAUAUAUACAAACAUACUGUAGAUAUCAUUGAAGAUCCAAUGUGUGUACAAUGUUAACGAUCACCACCAUAAUCUUGCUUUAUUAUAACUUUGAUGAACACUGGUUAGCCAUGAUACAUCCUUAUACAUGUUUAGAAAUGCUUUGUAAAUUAUUACUGAUGUUAUGCUCAUAUAAAUUGUAAUUUUACAACAAAAAAAUGUAAUACUUAUUUAGUUAAUGAAUGCUUAUUCCUGAAAGUUAUUAUGAAGUUUUACCGAAUUCUCUUGAUCUAAAUUAUGUUCAAAGCCCUGUAGGCAAGAAUAUUGCCUAAGAAUAAGU